AUGCCCCAGCUCGGCGGCGGCGGCGGCGGCGGCUCGGGAGGCGGCGGCGGCGGCUCGGGCGCCGGGGCAGCCGGCGGAGGGGACGACCUCGGGGCCAACGACGAGCUGAUCCCCUUCCAGGAUGAGGGAGGCGAGGAGCAGGAGCCGAGCAGCGACAGCGCGUCGGCGCAGCGGGACCUGGACGAAGUCAAGUCGUCCCUGGUCAACGAGUCGGAGAACCAGAGCAGCAGCUCGGACUCGGAGGCGGAGAGGCGCCCGCAGCCCGCCCGGGACGCUUUCCAGAAGCCACGGGACUAUUUCGCCGAAGUGAGAAGGCCCCAGGACGGCGCGUUCUUUAAGGGGCCCCCCUACCCUGGCUACCCGUUCCUGAUGAUCCCGGACCUGAGCAGUCCGUACCUUCCCAACGGACCCCUGUCUCCCGGAGGAGUGCGCACGUACCUGCAGAUGAAAUGGCCGCUCCUCGAUGUCCCCGCCAGCACCACAGUCAAGGACGCCAGGUCACCAUCGCCAGCACACUUGUCUAAUAAAGUUCCUGUUGUUCAGCACCCGCACCACAUGCAUCCGUUGACGCCCCUCAUCACCUACAGCAACGACCACUUCUCCCCCGGCUCCCCUCCCACACACCUCUCCCCAGAGAUCGAUCCAAAGACAGGAAUCCCCCGGCCCCCUCAUCCAUCCGAGCUGUCUCCAUAUUACCCACUGUCUCCUGGAGCUGUUGGGCAAAUCCCACAUCCCCUCAGCUGGCUCGUCCCACAGCAAGGACAGCCCAUGUACUCCCUUCCUCCUGGUGGCUUCAGGCACCCCUACCCUGCCCUCGCCAUGAAUGCCUCGAUGUCCAGCCUGGUUUCUAGUCGGUUCUCCCCUCACAUGGUGGCUCCGGCCCAUCCUGGUCUGCCCACCUCAGGGAUCCCCCACCCCGCCAUCGUCUCCCCCAUCGUCAAGCAGGAACCAGCGCCCCCCAGCCUGAGCCCAGCUGUGAGCGCGAAAUCACCAGUCACAGUGAAGAAAGAGGAAGAAAAGAAGCCCCACGUGAAGAAGCCUCUUAAUGCCUUCAUGUUAUAUAUGAAGGAGAUGAGGGCCAAGGUGGUGGCCGAGUGCACCCUGAAGGAGAGUGCAGCCAUCAACCAGAUCCUGGGGAGGAAGUGGCACAACCUGUCCCGAGAAGAACAGGCCAAGUACUACGAAUUGGCCCGGAAGGAGCGGCAGCUUCACUCGCAGCUCUACCCAACCUGGUCAGCCCGGGACAACUACGGUAAGAAAAAGAAGAGGAAGCGAGAAAAACAGCUGUCCCAGACGCAGUCCCAGCAGCAGCAAGUCCAAGAGGCAGACGGUGCUCUGGCCUCCAAAAGCAAGAAGCCAUGUGUCCAGUACCUGCCCCCCGAGAAGCCCUGUGACAGCCCUGCUUCCUCCCACGGCAGCAUGCUGGACUCCCCAGCUACCCCCUCCGCGGCCUUGGCCUCGCCGGCCGCCCCGGCCGCCACCCACUCGGAGCAAGCCCAGCCCCUCUCCCUCACCACCAAGCCAGAGACCCGGGCCCAGCUGGCUCUCCACUCGGCUGCCUUCCUGUCAUCAAAGGCUGCUGCCACCUCCUCUGGCCAGAUGGGCAGCCAGCCCCCACUCCUGUCCCGGCCCCUCCCUUUGGGGUCCAUGCCCACAGCUCUGCUGACGUCCCCCCCAUCCUUCCCGGCCACACUCCACGCCCACCAGGCCCUCCCGGUGCUCCAGGCCCAGCCUCUGUCCUUGGUCACCAAGUCUGCCCACUAA